UUCUUAUCCGAAAUGGCGUGCCCACUCGCAGCCCAGAAGGGCGUUGCCCAGCGGCUCGGCCGCAGGCAGCUCUGCAAUUCCCCUAUCCCUCCGGUUGUUCGCCCCUUCCACCUAGCCACCACACGCAGCGCUCUUCUUGCUAACACAGCUAAGCGCCAGCAGCAACAGCGGUCGAUUCAAUGCGCCGUCGCAGCUCCGGAGAUGACUCUGGAAAAGGGAGGGCCAGGCGCGCAAUACGAGGGUGGAGUUGUCGAGAAGGUGCCCGUGGACCGCAUCCGGAACUUCUCUAUCAUUGCCCACAUCGACCACGGCAAGUCGACCCUGGCCGACCAGCUGCUGCUGAAGACGGGCACCGUCAAGGCUCGUGACAUGGUGGAGCAAUUCAUGGACUCGAACGACAUCGAGCGCGAGCGCGGCAUCACCAUCAAGCUCAACACCGCGCGCAUGAAGUACCGCUCCAAGCGCGACGGCGAGCUGUACGCGCUCAACCUGAUCGACACGCCCGGCCACGUGGACUUCACGUACGAGGUGUCCCGCUCUCUGGCUGCGUGCGAGGGUGCGCUGCUGGUGGUGGACGCCAGCCAGGGCGUGGAGGCGCAGACGCUGGCCAACGUGUGGCUGGCGCUGGAGAACGACCUGGAGGUAAUCCCCGUGCUCAACAAGAUCGACCUGCCGGGCGCUGAGCCGGAGCGUGUGGUGAAGGAGAUUGAGGACAUCAUCGGUCUGGACUGCUCCAACAUUCUCAAGGUGUCGGCCAAGAUGGGGCUGGGCAUCGAGGAGACGCUGGAGGCCAUCGUGGAGCGGGUUCCCGCCCCACCCAACACCGUCAACUCGCCGCUGCGUGCGCUCAUCUUCGACUCCUACUACGACCCCUACCGCGGUGUGGUAUGCCAGUUCAAGGUGAUGGACGGCAAGGUGUCCAAGGGCGAUGUUGUGACCAUGAUGAACACGGGCAAGGAGUACCAGCUGGACGAGAUUGGCGUGCUGGCGCCGCACAAGGUGCAGGUGGACACGCUGUACACGGGCGAGGUGGGCUGGCUGGCCGCGCAGAUCAAGUCGGUGCAGGACGCGCGCGUGGGCGACACGGUGACCCAGAAGAAGCAGCCCGCCACCACGCCGCUGCCCGGCUACCAGGACAUCCAGCCCAUGGUGUACUGCGGCCUGUUCCCCACGGACGCCGAUGACUACCAGGACCUGCGUGAGGCACUAGAGAAGCUGCAGCUGAACGACGCGGCGCUCAAGUUCGAGCCGGAGGUCAACAACGCCAUGGGCUUUGGCUUCCGCUGCGGCUUCCUGGGCCUGUUGCACAUGGAGAUCGUGCAGGAGCGGCUGGAGCGCGAGUACAACCUGGACCUGAUCACUACCGCCCCCACAGUGGUGUACAGGUGCAAGACCACAGACGGAGAGGAGUUCACCGUCAACAGCCCCGCCGACCUGCCGGACGCCUCCCGGCGCGAGUGGAUCUCGGAGCCCUACGUGCGACUGGAGAUGGUGACGCCCACCGACUACGUGGGCAACCUGAUGGAGCUGGCCAACGGCCGGAGAGGCGAGUUUGUGGAGAUGCGCUACCUGACCGACAGCCGCACUACGCUGGUGUUCAACAUCCCGCUGGCCGAGGUGGUGACGGACUACUUUGACCAGCUCAAGAGCCGCAGCAAGGGCUACGCGUCCAUGGAGUACAAGAUCACCGGCUACCGCGAGAACGACCUUGUGAAGCUGGAGGUGCGCAUCAACGGCGAGCCCGCCGACCCGUUGUCCGUCAUCUGCCACCGCGACAACGCCUACCGCACCGGCCGCCAGCUAACCGGCAAGCUCAAGGAGCUCAUCCCGCGCCAGAUGUUCAGGGUGCCCAUCCAGGCCUGCAUCGGCCAGAAAGUGGUGGCCUCGGAGGCCAUUGCGCCCUACCGCAAGGACGUGCUGGCCAAGUGCUACGGCGGCGACAUCAGCCGCAAGAAGAAGCUGCUGCAGAAGCAGGCGGAGGGCAAGAAGCGCAUGAAGGCGCUGGGCAAGGUGGAGGUGCCGCAGGAGGCGUUCAUGGCCAUCCUCAAGAUCGACCGCGACGGCAAGGACGACUAGAGCGCGUGCUCACGCUCCUCAGCUGUGCUUCGGGCUGUGGGCUGUGGCUGCGGGCUGUGGCCGUGGGCUCGGGCUGGGAUGGAGCAGGAGCAGGUGGUGUUGUUGGUAAUGGUGGUUGGUUCAGGUGGAUGGUGUUGGUUGGGAGGUGGGGCGGAGGGGCUGGAAGCCUGAGAAGGAACAGGGAGUUUCCGGUGCGGCGGAGGGCUGGUGGCUGGGAUGGCGAGUUGGAGGUGUUGGGAGAUGCGGCUUCACUAUCCUUGUGGGAGCUCUCGAAACAGUGUUGUUUGCACUUCGGAUGCUGUGACCACCAGACGAAAGGGUGGGAGUGCCACAAUUUUGAGCUGUGUCUUGAGUACCUAGGUGCAGUAAGAGAGAGGGAGGACUGAAUGGUCGAUGACUGCGCGUGUCUAGGGUAGGUGUGUCGGGUGUCGGAGCAGAGAGUCGACGGGUGUGAGCAAGGGGCGUGCUGCUGAGCAUAAGAGGUGCAUGGGCUUGGAUUUUGCUUCCGAGGGUCUAGCAGGGUAGAGUGCGGCGGGGGAAAGAGAAAGAGAAAGAGUCUGGCCUAGAGGUGAUGCGGUGAUUGUCGGGAAUGAGCUUGCAUGUCUAUUGCCGGAAUCUCGGCGCUCUGGCGCGUCAUGCUCAUGUGUAAAGAGGUCGUGAG